AACUCCUCUUAGUCUGUAAUGACAACAAACAAACGAAGAGGUUAUUUUCUUUGUAAUCUUUACAUUUAUUUAUUUAGUCCGUAAAACCAAGUACUAACAUCAUAGUUUUCAUUAAAGUAAGUAUCAGUAAACCCUUUGAAUAAGAUCGAGAUAGAAAAGAAAGAAUAAGAUUGAAAGAGAUUUUUAACAAAAGACACCGAGGAUUGUUGUUAUCUUAUCGAAGGUGAUCAUUAUUUCGAUCUUGAAAACUACCACUAGCCACCACUGGGAAAUAACUGUGGCAUCAGAUAUAUACUUUUUAUAUUAAAACUUCAAUUUAAAAAGAUGUCCACUAUGACUUUUGGUCAAAAGCAAUUCAUACCUACACCUCCAGAUAAGGGAAGUUUUCCUUUAGACCAUGAAGGUGUUUGUAAGGCUACUAUGAAAAGGUAUCUUAAUUGCUUAUUUGAAAAUGAUAGUAAUAACUCUAUGUGCCGAGCAGAAGCCAAGGAAUAUCUUGCUUGUAGAAUGGAACACAAUCUUAUGGCUAAAGAAGAAUGGUCAAAAUUAGGCUUCUCGGACAAAGAUAAACAAUUAAAAGAAGAAGAGAAAUAAAACUACAAUUAGUACUGUUAGACUAGUGAUUAAAUUUAAUGUUUGUUAUUUAAAAAAUAAACCAUUUGAAAUUAG